AUGCCUUCCGAAACUGAGGAGGAUUUGAAGGCUAGACAUUCGCAAGAAAAGAAGGAUUUGGUUGGUAAGAGAUUCACAUUUGUAUUAUAAUAGUAUACUUGCAGCUCAAGUCACAUCUCUGAAACGUUCAUUCAAUAAAAACGAUAGCAAGCGCAAAAAGGAAGUGCAAGCUCAAGUCCAGAAGUUAGAAAAUGAUUUGAAAGUUCGCCAUGAGAGAGAGUUGAAUGAUUUGGUUAGUCAGACGUCUACCUUGAAGAUAACUGAGGACAAGCCGGUUCCUCAAAAUGAAGUGAAAAGUGAGGACGGUGGAGAAAAGAAGAGGACAAAAGCUCAGAAGAACAGAGUGAGUUGUUUUCAUUUUAUAUAUGCGAAUUUAGGAAAAAAAAGAAGAGAAAGAUCGACGGAUGAGAGAAGCCAUGAAACAAGAUGCUUUGAAUGCGGCUACAGGGAAAGGAGCGCUCGAAAGUGAGAAGAUUAGAAGUAUAUUGGAAGAGAGGGGAUUGAAGUUAGUAGAUAUUCUACCAGAUGGUGACUGCAUGUAUAAUGCUUUGGCCGAUCAGUUAUCGAUACAAGAUCCGGCUUCAACUAUCACAGGGGAGGGGGUCCGAGAAUUGACUGCGAAUCAUUUGAUUGCCAAUAAAGAUACUUUCCUGCCUUUUCUGGGAAAUGGCGAUCUGGAUGACGAAGGAUUCGAAGAGUGAGUUUACGUUAUAUUUAUAACACUUUUAUUAAUUUAGUUACUGCAAUAAAGUUAGGAAUCCUUGCCGAGAUGGCGGUGAAUGGGGUGGCUCGCCAGAGCUCCAGGCAAUUAGCACGGCUUUGGAGAAGCCUGUGGAAGUUCUCCAUGCAGAUGGUGCUCCUCAUUGCUUCGGUGAAAACUUUGCUGGACCUCCUCUUGUUUUAACUUAUCAUCGAUAUGCAUACACGCUUGGUGAACAUUAUAAUUCUACGGCCAAAGCCUGA